AUUUGCUGGAGAGACAUUUAAGAUGAAAACUUAAUUUUAGAGAGAAAAUGCGACCUUUCAAAAUAUUCAUACGUUUUUACGCAUUUUUAUGUAGGCAUGAUACAUGUAAUUCUGUUACGUACUUGCUGCUUUGAACUAUCUUGCCUGUGUAUAAUCUUUGUGGGAACAGCUGGGUGGACCUACACGGCUUCAAUGGCAUUUUGUGUUGGGUUGGCCGUCGGACUGUAGAACAGACAAGCGCUUGUGUUUAGUGUUGCCUUCCCUGCUGCGCCAUGGACUUUAACGUUAAACGGCUCGCCGCUGACGCCGGUACUUUCCUCACCCGAGCGGUACAGUUCACAGAGGAGAAGCUGGGUCAGGCUGAGAAGACGGAACUGGACGCGCAUUUGGAGAAUCUCCUGGGUCGAGCUGAGAACACGAAGCAAUGGACGGAAAAGAUCAUGAAGCAGACGGAAGUCUUACUGCAGCCCAAUCCCAAUGUCCGCCUUGAAGAAUUUGUUUAUGAGAAACUGGAAAAGAAAGUCCCGACACGAUUGAACAAUCAUGAGAUGCUGGGCCAGACUAUGAUUGACUCGGGGAAUGAAUUUGGUCCUGGAACUGCCUACGGAAAUGCUCUGAUAAAAUGUGGUGAGACCGAAAAGCAGAUCGGCGGAGCGGAGCGGGAACUCAUCCAAAGCGCUGCCAUCAACUUCCUCACGCCUUUCAGGAACUUUCUGGAAGGCGACUUCAAAACCAUCCUGAAAGAAAGAAAACUCCUGCAAGUCAAACGCCUGGAUCUGGACGCGGCCAAAACCAGAUUAAAGAAAGCCAGAGUGGGUGAUGCAAGAGCUGUGGUGUGUUUUAAGGAAGUGUUGCGUUUCAAGUUUUCCGUGGGCAGUGCUGAGCAGGAGUUAAGGAUGACCCAGAGCGAGUUUGACAGGCAGGCAGAGAUCACCAGGCUGCUGCUGGAGGGCGUCAGCAGCACCCACGCCCACCACCUGCGCUGCCUGAAUGACUUCGUGGAGGCCCAGGCUACGUACUACGCACAGUGCUACCAGUACAUGGUGGACCUCCAGAAGCAGCUGGGCAGUUUCCCGUCGUCAUUCUCCAACAACAACCAGUCGUUGCUGUCCGGCGGCGCCAGCAUCUCGGUGCCCACCAUCCCAGUGACGGCCUCUCUGCCCAGCGUGUCCGCGGGACGCGGGGGCUCCGCCGCGUCGGGCGGUUUCAACGAACUGCGCAGCUCCAACGGCAGCCGCAAAGCCAGAGUGCUGUACGACUACGACGCCGCCAGCAGCAGCGAGCUUUCCCUGCUGGCCGACGAGGUGAUCAUCGUCAGCAGCGUCGCCGGCAUGGACUCCGAUUGGCUGAUGGGUGAGCGAGGCAGCCAAAAGGGCAAAGUCCCGAUCACCUACCUGGAGCUCCUCAACUGAGCCCUCCGUGCUGACGCCACAUAUUUAUAUAGUGUUGCAGGGACAGGCCUAGCUCGUUCUUCCAUUUCAGUCUUUUUACAUUGUGGUUCUAUUUGUACAAAACAAAGAAGAAGAAGAAGAAAAAAAAGGUGAGAUUCCCGCUUCCUCUGUGCCACGCGAUUUAAAAUAUGCGCCGCAGCGUCUCCCUAUCUGUAACUUUUUAAAAAAACAAAAUGGCUGUUUACAAAACAUAUAUUUGAAUUUCUUCUUUUUUUUUUUUUUUUUUUUUUUUUUUUAACAAAACAAGAGGAAUACGAUUGAAUGGUAAAAUGGGCUUCAGUUUAAAGAAUGGCGAUGGAUGCUUGGAUUGGAUGUUGUUUUUAAAGUCUAAUUUUAGAAUCGAUAAUCUCAUGGUGCAGUAGCUCUUAUGGUUUUUUUUCUCAACAUGAGUUGUCCUUCUUUUUAUAUAUAUAUAUAUAUAUAUUUUGGUGUUUUGUUAUUCGUGUUGCGCUGCUUGCGUGUCUUUACGGCACAGUACGAAUGAAGUCGUGACACACGUUCGUUCACAUUCGUCGGGUCAUGCCCAACAUGCUAACCUGAAAGUGCCUUUCACAGCGACACCUGCAGUAGUUAACGCCAGCUUGGUCUUCGUCGCAGCCACUCCAGCAGUAUUGAGGUUCCGCCGCCCGUUUCGUGCUCGGGUUUUCGGUCGCCGUCCUCAGGACCUUUGUGUGCUAUUUAUCCGAUGAUGUAAUUUGAAAAGUUUGAAGACAGAUUAGAGAGAAAAAAAAAAUUCCCAGAUAAUCAAUAGAUAAUAAUCUGCUUUUUUUUGCAGAUUUUUUUUUUACUUAAAAAUAUUUUUUUCAAUUAAAAAAAUUUUUUUUAAAAAUAGUUUUAACAGAAAUCCAUUUAAGUUUGGUUAAAAAAAAUGCAAUGUCUUUUUUAAAAUUUAAAGAGAAUAUUUAAAGGUUGGAAAUCCUGAUUAUAAAAAAAUAUAUAAUACAGCACAACAACUGAUAUAAAUAUGAUGCAGAUUUUUUUAUUAUUAUUAUUAUUUUAAACCGACUUCUGUACUCCAACUUUUUGACUGACCUUCAUACACGUUUUGACUACGACGCAUCUUGACCCUCAGGUGUUGGGGACUGAAAUACGUCAUCAUUUCCUCUCACUUCAUUUCAACCCAGUUUCCCGUUAAGUUACCGUUGCAGUCUGGGAGAUGUUGUCUUUUUUUUUUUUCCUGUAUCGGCUGCAGUAUGGUGCAGUCAAAUAAAUAUUACAUAACGUGUAAAAAAA